GUUACAUUUGAUCAAUAUAAAAGGGAAUUGCCAUUUGAUAGAGAAUACAUAUUUGAUCGAAGCUGAAUAAUGCUUAGGUUGUUACAAAUGUAUUGGUAUGUUUCUAUAAAAUAUAAUUAACUAGACCGUUCCCUCCUGAUCUCGCCUUUGCAGACAUGUAAUUUCCAUUGUUAGAGCGGUUAGUCGACCAUCUUGUCAAUUAUAAUAGGUCAUCUUUGAUGAAGUGUAGGAGAGCCUGCAUUUUGCGUGCGCAGCUUUGACGUCGAGCCAACGAAUCCCAAGACUGGAGGACACGGUUUGCGCUGUCGGCGUGCAUUUGUGUGUGACUGGAAACAUGUCGGCAAGGAUUGUGCACACCGGAAGAUCAAUGAAAUCUACCAAAACCUGAAGAACCAGAGCAAUUUCACGAUUUAAAAGAAUUUGACAUAGUCCAGGACCCCUUUCCACUUGUGUGUUUACCUCGCUGACUCGCGUUUUAGCCUAUUCAGUGGUAGAAGUAUCCAAAACGAAUGGUGGAAGUCGAAUAGAGUCUCGAAGUAGGCUAGGCCAAGAGGGGUGGAGAGUGAAGGGCUCGGCAGGUAGAGACGAGCGCUCGCUUUUGAGGAAUGUUAUCCGUACUCUCCUAUGGAAGACUGGUUGCGAGGGCUGUCCUUGGCGGACUCUCUCAAACUGAUGGUCGGGACUACAGCCUGGUCACAGCUAGUUGUGGGUUUGGUAAAGACUUUCGUAAGGGGAUAUUGAAGAAAGGGAUGUGCUACGGGGAUGACGCGUGUUUCAUUGCCCGGCAUAGGUCCGCCGAUGUAUUGGGUGUGGCAGAUGGUGUAGGUGGAUGGAGGGACUACGGGGUGGACCCGUCCCAGUUCUCUGCCACCCUGAUGAGGACGUGUGAGCGGCUGGUGAAGGAGGGCCGUUUCACCCCCAGCAGCCCUGUGGGGAUCCUCACGUCAGGCUACUACGAGCUCCUACAGAACAAAGUACCCCUGCUAGGGAGCAGCACAGCCUGUAUUGUGGUUUUGGACCGACGGAGCCAUCAACUGCACACGUGUAAUCUAGGUGACUCUGGUUUCUUGGUGGUACGAGGGGGAGAAGUGGUGCACCGCUCGGACGAACAGCAGCACUACUUCAACACCCCUUUUCAGCUGUCCAUCGCUCCCCCAGGGGCAGAGGGAGUGGUGCUCAGUGACAGCCCUGAGGCUGCUGACAGCUCCUCCUUCGACGUCCAGCUGGGUGACAUCAUCCUGACUGCCUCGGAUGGCCUCUUCGACAACAUGCCCGACUACAUGAUCCUGCAAGCGCUCAAAAAGCUCAAGAGUACCAACUAUGACAGUAUCCAGCAGACCGCACAGAGCAUUGCAAAGCAAGCCCAUGAACUGGCCUAUGACCCCAACUACAUGUCCCCUUUCGCUCAGUUUGCCUGUGACAAUGGUCUGAAUGUAAGAGGGGGGAAGCCUGAUGACAUCACGGUGCUGCUGUCCAUUGUGGCAGAAUACACAGACUAAGUGUGUGUGAUGUUUAUUGGAACUGUUCACUUCCUUCCCUCUCAGUCUUCCACCUGGCUCCUUCUCAAAUGCAUUGCUUCCUGUCGGACAGACUGGGGAGCCCCCCCAUUCCUUCACUGACCUUUCUAUCUCACAGCCACAAAAUAGAACACACACUCCUCACCACAGAAUUGGACUCCAUCUCUAUUCUUCCGUUUUGUUUUGGGACUGUAGUGAGGAGGCAGGCUGUAAGGACUUUCUCAUGUUGAUCGUGAUGCAGAACGGCAUGUUGGUUCCCCACAUUCAGACUACGACUGAAUGGCAGUCCUGAGUGUAGGCAAGUUUGCUUUUACAGGGAGUUGUGGUCGGUAGCCCUGAAACAAGCAGUGGUGUUAUAAAUCAAAUAAGCCAUGCUUUGGAGUUGUUGGGGAGAUGUGGUUGUGUUGCCUAUACAUUUUGAUUGUCUGUCUGUGUUGUAGCUGUGUGACUAUCUGUUCCAUGUCGUCUGUGUGUGUGGAUGAAUUCUAAGACUGUGGAAUUGAGAGGGGCUGGGUUGUUGCGGGGUUUAGAGAGGUUACAGUGACUUGUGAUCAGAAAGGAUGUAGAUCAGCGCGUCAGAGUCUUGGAUUAGGAUAAAGGGGUAGCUGGCCAGUAUAAUGUACUAGCUCCACUAGCAGAGAUCUCUCCGGAGUGCCACCUAUAGGCUAGUCUGAACUGUUCUGCUGGUGCGCACAUCCUCAUGGGUUUGUAAAUAUUGUGUGUCAUGUAAACAAGGCAGAGAGUGUCUUCACUUUGUCACUGAGGAUGGUUAUUUUGCUGUUGUGCCAGAUGUGUACACAAGCAUUCACAAUCUAUAAAGGGUUGAACCUUGAAGUAAAUACUCUCAAUCCCUCCCUUCCACGAUGUUGACGUGUUCAUACCAUGAUCAUGUUUGACUCGGUAGUAGCGUGUCAGGGCCAUGAAAUGAUUGUGUGUAAAAAGUGGGUGUAGGUUCAUGUUUGAAUGUCUGUUGUUGAUAUGUGUUAACUUGCAAUGCUAAUGGUAGCAUCUAGGAAUGCUUUCAACCGAAACACUAGGUCAGGUAUGAAUUAUUAAACACAGUUUUAUUUUUAUAACUUAAUGUUAUUAGUUUGAUAGCCAUUGAUGUGACAGUUGAAAUAUCAUCCAACAUAUGGAUUUACCCUGUGAUUCUUUUGUGAAGCUAUAUUUUUGCUCCAUGGAUGGCAAAUGAGAAUCAUGCCAUCUUACUUUAAACAAGAAUCAGUCUUGGUGUGGUGGGUGUCAUCUCAAAAUUGUUUUUGUUCUGUCUCCCAAUAACAAUUUACCUGCUGCUUUUAUUUUGUCAAUUAAAUGUUUAAUACUGUACUGUAUUUAUGUGUAUGUGUGCAAUUUCAUUAUUUCAUGAAGGCUAGAAGUUGAUCAUUCUGUUCUGUUCUUAGCAUGCUUUUGUUUCUUCUUCAUAAUAGCAGAAUACACACACCUGUCUGCAUUGUUCGCCAAUGUUAUGAAGCCAGCGCACCAAAGAGGAAAACUUAUUUUCUUUCAUGUUUUCAUUUGGGUUUGGAGAAAUAUCUGCACCUAUACUGUAACAUAAAAUGUAUUUUAAAAUAGAGAGCAUAUCAGUUUGACAGUUAAACAGUCAUUCUGCUUGUGGAGAACGAUGGCCACUCGUAAUUGUUGGUGCAAAACAGUCAGAAGACCACUUAGGUGUCUUUUUAGUUGUGCCUAAAAUUCAAUGUGACCAGAACGGGUUUGAUCGUGUGUGUGUGGCUCUAUUUAUGUGAAGGGUAGUAUAUGAGAAACAAACAACAAUGCAGGUUUUUGAAUCCUUAAAGAAACCAAAGAUGGAAAGCCAUAGCUUCACAAGCAUGACCAGGGUACAGCUUCUUAUCUAAACCCUUCAGUCAGGCUAACAGUGUAAUGGAGACCAAUGUUGUCACUAUUGAUCUUGCUUAUUUCAGCAUACAAAUAAUUGAAAAGAACAUCAAUUGUUACAUUUGUGGAGUAAAUACUAUUUAAAUUUGUUUAAACUAUUUUUUCGGUAGACUUUAUUUCAUCUGUCCUAUGCAUUCUGUCUUUGCAUGACAAGCUGUCUUUGUCCAAGCUAUUUAUACUAUUGGAAUUUGCUUACCUGCAAAUGUGCUCAUGUCUCACACAGCUUGCCUCGCCUCCAAAUGUCUAACUGAUUUGCUCACCUUUAUUUAAAAGUUGUCUUUCAAACACUUAAACAUGCAAUUUUAGUAACCCAACACAACUUGUUUUUUUACUCUUUCUGACAGUGAGGGAUCAUUAUGUGUUAAUGAAUAAUUAGCUUAAUAUCUGAUUUUGAGAUGAAGUUCUCUAUGGUUUAAGGACACUUUUCUCUUACAUGUGCUGAACCAGGAAUUGCGGGGCUAGUUGUAGUGCUGUUUAUUGAUAAUGGUGAGGACCGAUUCCGCCUUAACAAAUGGAUAUUUUACCGUCCUAUCAAGAGGCCUUGUCUGGUAGUGCAAGCCAGUCUCGUUUCGACUUCUAUGUUGCUCAGUGUUCAAUUAUGUCCCGCUUUUUCUGUCCAUGCUCAGUUUUUUGAUGACGCUUCUGCAGUCAAGACAAGUUUAUUUAUUUAUUUAUUUUGUUCUCUAGCAAGCAAUGUUUCAGUAUGAAAGCUACAUGUGUGUUAAGUGUAAUAAUGCAGAACUAGUUUCUGUAAAUGUGUUUUCAAAGUUGUAAAAUAUUCAAAUAAAGAAUCUAGUAUUUGUACUAAAAUACA